GGAGGGGAAGAGGAGGUGAUUUCAAACGCGGAUUGAGUCUGCUGGGCACCCGUAGAGAAGAAUCGUGGAACGCGGGUCCCUAGGUCGGAGACAGGCGGGAGCGCCCGAAGGAGUUCUGAGGAGGACAGUUCGGCUGAGCGGUGUCGGCCAGCGCCACUUGGAGCGCGCGGCUGAGGAGUGCCCUGGACUACGCAUUUAGCGGCUGGCGCUGUCAUGGCCGACUACUGGAAAUCACAACCAAAGAAAUUCUGUGAUUACUGCAAGUGCUGGAUAGCGGACAAUAGGCCUAGUGUUGAAUUUCAUGAAAGGGGAAAGAAUCAUAAGGAAAAUGUGGCAAAGAGGAUCAGUGAGAUUAAGCAGAAAAGCCUGGAUAAAGCAAAAGAAGAAGAAAAAGCAUCAAAGGAAUUUGCUGCAAUGGAAGCAGCUGCCUUAAAAGCAUACCAAGAGGAUCUGAAAAGACUUGGCUUAGAGUCAGACAUCUCAGAGUCACCAGUACCCAGCACUGUCCCAAUUCCCUCUGCAUCAAAUCAACAAAAAGAAAAGAAGAAGAAGAAGAAGAAGAAGAAAAAUGAUCCUUCAAAGGGUAGAUGGGUAGAAGGUAUAACCUCUGAGGGUCACCAUUACUAUUAUGAUCUUAUCACAGGAGCAUCUCAGUGGGAGAAACCUGAAGGAUUUCAAGGAAAUUUAAAAAAGACAACAAGGGAAAUUUGGAUAGAAGGUUUAAAUGAAGAUGGUUAUAGUUAUUACUAUAAUACAGAAACAGGAGAAUCCAAAUGGGAAAAACCUGAUGAUUUCAUCCCACACACUGGCAAUAUGCUUUCUAAUAAGGUCAAUGAAAAGUCACUUGGCACCCUAGAAGAAUCUGAGUCAUCAGAUAGUGAAUCUGAUGGAAAGCAAGACUCAAAAAGAGAAGUUGAUGCAGAAACAAAACAGCUAAAAAUAAGUUUCAAGGAAAAAAAGAAAAAUAGCAAUGAAGAAAUUGCCCCAAAAGUACAGAAAGAAAAAAGUGUCCAGAAGCAGAGUUCAUCAGGUCCAAGUGAAGAAAAAUCCAAAACUUUGAAAAAAUCAAACCCAUAUGGAGAAUGGCAAGAAAUUAAGCAAGAAAUUAGGUCUGAGUAA